UUUUCCUCAUGCCAAUAGUUGUGUUUUGGUAUGCCGACCUCGUGGCCUUCCUUUUCCGUUGAAACCUCUCGUCGGCCUGAUUCCGUGUUGAUCAUCGUCCCUUGUGAGCAGCAUGCCUCCCAAAUUCGACCCCAAUGAGACCAAGGUGGUGUGCCUGAGGGCCGUGGGCGGUGAAGUGGCCGCCACGUCGGCCUUGGCCCCCAAGGUCGGUCCUUUGGGUCUGUCGCCCAAGAAGAUCGGUGACGACAUCGCCAAGGCCACGCAAGACUGGAAAGGUCUGAAGGUCACGGUCCAAUUGACCAUCCAGAAUCGUCAAGCCAAGGUGUCUGUGGUGCCUUCGGCCGCCGCCCUCAUCAUCAAAGCCCUGAAGGAACCGCCCCGUGACCGCAAGAAGGUCAAGAACAUCAAGCACAACGGCAACAUCACCAUGGACGACAUCAUGAAUGCGGCCCGCAUCAUGCGACCUCGCUCCAUGUCCAAGGAGUUGUCGGGCGUGGUCAAGGAGAUCCUGGGCACCGCCCAAUCCGUGGGCUGCACCGUCGAUGGUAUGAACCCUCAUGACAUCAUUGACCAGAUCAGUGAUGGCACCAUGGAUAUCGCCGCCGAAUAAGUGGUUCCCUCCACUGGAUUGUUAAAACCGCGUUAUGCUAACGAAAUCAAUAAAUUGUCGGAGGGUUCCUCUGUACGAGAUACA